AUGACAUUUCCACUGACCAAAGAGUAUGUCCAUCUCAUUGUGAAUGCCCUGCAACUGAUUAGUAAUGAUGAGGCCUCCUUGUUGAAGGACCAGCUGUUAUCGCAUUACUCUUCCUAUUUUCCUGCUCGCAGAUUUGAAGAAGAAGUUCAAGAAGGGCAAUCAGCUACAGAUCAGCUCCACCCUGCAACCAAGCAUGCAUGUGCACAUCAUGGUGUUCCAUCUGAUCCACACUGCCCGAGGAGGGGUGGCCUGUUAGUCGCAGGAGCAAGGUGGACCAUUGGAGAGAACACCACAUGUUCCUCCAACAUUUCAGCUGAAGCGAUCAUCGGUUCUAUAGUGUCCUUCAAUGCUUCUCACAAGAUGGAUCUCACCUCAUGGAUCUCCAGUGUGCUUGGCACCCUCAAAGCCGAGGAGAAUGAUCCAAAGACUGGAGCCGGACUGCCAUGUCUGGUGGAACAUUGUCGUACAUAUUCUGGAAUGGGAGUGGGAUGGAGCUUCAUGACUAUGGUGAGCCGACUGCAGCUAGCAGUGAAUUGUCUCAGUACCAUACGAUCGCACCCAAUGAUAUCUACAAUAACAGAAUUCUAUGACACUAGGAUAACACCUUUAGAACCCGGGUUGAGACCAGAGCGAAGCAGCUUCUUUUUCUGGAUCUCAUCUGGGGUCAAAUUCAUGCUCUUGGCAGGUGGCGGUUCCAUUUACGCCUUGAUUCUUAUCGCCGCCAAAGACUUGCGCUGGAGCAUCACCACCGCCCCUGCAGAAGUGUCUUGGGAGGUUGGGAAGAUGCUGCGUCAUCCAGACAAAUGCGCUGCUCCAGAGAUGCAGCUUCUUAUUCAAGGGAAGAUCAUACCUAUCAUCGCUGCAUUGAGGAAGUGCUUUCCCUUGAGCAUGCCCAAUGUGAUCAAUGGGUCCAUCUCUCUCCAGCUGGACUGUACAUGUAUCAGAGAUGUGACCGCUUCAUUGAUUCUGUACCAAUCAAUAACUAUACACUUCCAAAGCGGUCAAGAAAGCACUGGGAUGCCUGCUACAUACCAUCAGCCUGAGGCCCCACUCUUAACGGCACCCGCCGUCCCCUCCAACACCAUUUGUGUUUCAACCACUUUCAAUCAUAAUCACGCUAGCAACCUUCACUUCCCAGGAAGCCACAACAGGGUGAAGAACUUAUCAUGGAUGAUAGAGCAGCGCAGGAUAGUGGAGGAUGGGUGCAUGGUGAUGAGCGACAUAGAUGAGCUGAAGGAGAAGCUGUCUACUUUCUAUCCUGGGGGUGUCAAAAAGGCGGAUUCCUUUCUAGUGGUUGCCAUGUCCAUCAUUCCAGGCACCUUGGACAUUCGCAACUCAGACGGCAGCAUGAUGGCCCUUAUCUGCACGAAUCCGCAAGCAGAGGCAAACGAGCCAUUUAGCUGCACACACUUCAGUCACUGGAAUCACUAUGGACUGUUGGGUCAUAUUGCGCCACAGGGUGUCCAUCCUUAUGACUUAGAGGCUGCCGGUGGGAGAAGAACUAACCUUAGACAGACUUUACCUUAUGCAUCCAAAGAGACUUUUACUCACCAGCAGCUGUACCUGAACAUCCAGGCCAAUUUGGGCAAUGUAUUCAAAUGGAUUGAAGAAGAGAUCUCACAUCACCUUCCGGAUGAGUACAAGGUUCUGGUCAAGCUAGUAGACAUUCUGCCAAAUGCUGAGGGAUCUCCAGUCAGACCUUUCCUCUCGUUGGUCAUGAAUAUUGAUGUGUGCACGGUGGCACAUAGGGAUGCUAAGGACUUUGAACUAUGCCUAGUGUUGGCUGUAGGGGAGUUCACUGGUGGUGGACUAGUGAUGAGAGAGCAGGGGCUGGUUGCAGAACUCAGAAAUGGGGACUUUGCAAUAUUCAGAUUUCCAUUCCAACCUCAUCCACCCAUGGCACCCAAGAAGGUGACUUCAGCUGGCCCUCGUCCAGCUACUCAUGCCAGCACUGGUAGUUCAGGAACAAGAGUCAAGCCUACACCUCAGGGUGCCUCCAGAGCAAAAGCUGCUCCUGCAUCCAAGGGGAAAGUGAAAGCAUCAAGUUCAUCAGCUAAAGGGGGCAGAAAUGCAGACAAAGGCCCAGGAUUGACUGCAGCAGAAGAGAAGAUUCUCAAGGAUUUGGCUGUGAAGAAGAAGAAGGUAGCUGAGGCUCAGAAAAAUGCUUCCAGAAAGUGUGCUGCUGAUUGUCUCUUGGAGGAGGCAGGAGAAGACGAGGAGAGGUCUGACAUUGACUCACUAUGUGACAGUCCACCAACCACCCGUCGACAUCUCCUACGUUCCCCUGUCGAGCCUGAAAGGAUUGAUAAAGGUAGUAAUAUAGUAAGUAAGAUUUUAGAUGAUGGUGCAAGUAGUGAGAUAGAGGUGGAUAGUGACCAGGUUGGAGAGGGCGGGGAUGAGGGUCACCAAGAUCAGGAGGUGGAUGACGUGGACGAGUUGGAUGAGGGCAUUCAAAAUCAGGAGGAUAAAGAGUUUGCUGGAGAGGAGACCGUUGUUGGCCUGAAGGAAGAAGACCAGGAAUCCAACAAGCACUUCAGCAUCACUUGUGUUCCAAGGAGCAAGGUGAAACUCAGCAACCUGGACAGUCCACGUACCAAGUGUAUAGCUUCUUUUGACAGGGAGGAGCUCUGCUGGGACCUAUUGGUGUCUAGCACUAGGGAUAACGAGGUGUUGUGGGAGAAGAUGUCGCUCAUUCAAAGUGAUGAUGACUUGAAAGCUUACUUGAUAGACUAUACUUGGAAAGCUGCCGGCCAUCUCAGAGGGGAGUUUGUCGCCAAAGCCCGCAUCAGUGUCCCCAGUACCUACGGAAUAGGAGAGCUAAAGCACGAGGAGUUGGAGAAGGCUCUCAAGUGGUUGUUGGAGGACGCUAGAUUCAUACACGGAGGGAUUGAUGUCAAGAAUCUCACCUAUGAUGACGCUUCUCCCCUCCAGAACACCAUUUUCAGGCUGCUACUAUCCGUCCAAUGGUGGGGUCCCAAGGGAGAAGAAAGAAAAUGGGAUCACUACGUGAGCCUCCUGGAGAACUUUGAAAAGGAAUGUCCUAGCUACCUAGAGAUGAUUUGGGAUGAAUUGAAGGAAGGGGUUUGGAAUGGUAAUGUUCCUGGUGCGGAAGACGCUCCUACCACCACUUUCAAUUUCUCUGCUCUGGAGACUGCUGGACGUGCAGCAAAGGCUAGGAAAUCUGGCACUGAGUAG